UGGUAGAGGUGCACUUUUCGGUCCUGAAAGUACCGAAAUACACAUGUUUUUCAAUUCAAUCCAUUAAUGUGGAUUUUUAAUAAUAAAAUACACAUAUGUUUUCCUUUCAAUUAAAUCCAAAACCGUUUACUCCCCUCCGUCUCCAGCCAAACCCACCCACCCGUUCACUCCAUUUCCGGCCAAAGCCACCUCGCAAGCCCAGCCCCCCUGUGAUCUCUCUCUCCGUCGCACCAGCCUUCGAAAGAGAGUGCUUCGUCUUCUCCACUUGAACCUGACUCUGCAAAUCUAUUUCAACAAAAAAAAAAUUUGAAAUUCCCAUCUCGUAUCAAACUCCACAGAGAGCGAUGGCCGUGGUUGCUUCAGCUCCGGGGAAGGUUUUGAUGACCGGGGGAUAUCUAAUUCUGGAAAGACCCAAUGCAGGGCUUGUUCUCAGCACCAACGCUCGCUUCUACGCCAUUGUUAAACCUCUUUACCACCAUCUCAGCCCCGAUAGUUGGGCCUGGGCAUGGACUGAUGUGAAAUUGACGUCUCCUCAGCUUUCCAGAGAAAGCAUGUAUAAGCUGUCAUUGAAAAAUGUUACGCUUCAAUGUGUCUCUUCAAGCGGGUCUGGAAACCCAUUUGUUGAACAAGCAGUACAGUACUCUGUGGCAGCUGCACAUGCAACAUUUGACAAGGACAAGAAGGAAGCAUUACAGAAACUAUUAUUGCAAGGUCUAGACAUUACCAUCUUAGGUAGCAACAAUUUCUAUUCGUAUCGGAAUCAGAUUGAAGCACGUGGACUCCCUUUGUUGCCCGAAGCAUUAGCAACUCUUCCUCCUUUUGCAUCAAUUACCUUUAAUUCUGAGGAAUCAAGUGGAGAAAACUGCAAGCCAGAAGUUGCAAAAACCGGAUUAGGUUCUUCUGCGGCUAUGACAACUGCUGUAGUUGCUGCUUUGCUUCAUUACCUUGGAGUUGUCAAUCUUGCCUUGUUAAGUGAUCAAAACCAAGUGAAGGACACCACAGAUCUUGAUGUGGUGCAUAUGAUAGCUCAAACCGCUCACUGUGUUGCACAAGGAAAAGUUGGCAGUGGGUUUGAUGUUAGUUCUGCUGUUUAUGGUAGUCAUCGUUACGUCCGUUUUUCCCCAGAAGUGAUUUCUUCUGCUCAGGUUUCUGCAAAGGGCGCUCCACUGCAGGAAGUCAUUCUUGAAAUCCUAAAAGGAAAGUGGGACCACGAGAGGACUAAGUUUUGUUUGCCACCACUAAUGACUCUUUUACUUGGAGAACCAGGAGCUGGAGGAUCAUUGACACCGUCAAUGGUAGGUGCUGUCAAAAAAUGGCAGAAGGCUGACCCUCAAAAAACGCAGGAAACAUGGAGAAAGUUGUCAGAGGAAAAUUUGGCACUUGAAACACAAUUGAAUACAUUAAGCAAAUUGGCAGAAAAGCACUUGGAUGAAUAUAAGAGCCUAAUAAACAGCUGCAGCAUGCUUAAACCAGAGAAGUGGAUAGAGCAAGCCACUCAACAAAGUCAAGAGGCAAUCGCCAAAGCAUUAGUAGGAGCAAGAAAUGCAAUGCUUGGUAUCAGGUAUCAUAUGCGUCAAAUGGGCAAGGCUGCAGGCGUUCCGAUUGAACCAGAAUCGCAAACACAACUUUUGGAUGCAACAAUGAAUAUGGAAGGAGUAUUGUUGGCUGGAGUUCCUGGAGCAGGCGGGUUUGAUGCAGUGUUUGCUGUUACCUUAGGGGACUCUAGCAACCACGUGAUAAAAUCAUGGAGUUCACGGAACGUUCUGGCCAUGUUGGUCAGAGAAGAUCCUCGUGGAGUUUCUUUAGAGGGUGCUGAUCCGCGAACCAGGGAGAUUACUUCAUCCAUUUCCUCAAUCCGUAUCGAAUAAGGAAAUAAGCCUAUGUUUGUCAUUUGUGUUUGAUAAGUUACGAGUAUGACAAUGUGGGGGUUUUCAAGAUAUCAAGAGUCGGAUAAAAAUCAGUUAAGUAAAAAAGGUGAGAAAUUCAUUCAAAAUGAAAAAAGGGUGCGAAGUAUUUUCCCCAAAGAGUUGAAGUUAGCUUUUACUCUUAUUUCCAUGAGUAUUGUCCAAUAAAGAAACUAGGCAUUGUCAAAUAAAUUAUAAACUGUCGCUGCAAUUUUUUAUGGGGUCAUAAUUAAAUCUUCCCUGUGUUCUAUCGAAUUGUUGUUCCGCCCUAUGUUUUUGAAAUUCUAUACUUAUCGUCCGACAUUUUACAAAUUGUGUUGAGACCUCUUUGGAAGGUUUUUUUAGCGUGAUAUCUGGGGAGGUGAUUUGUAAAGCAUUUUAUUUUAAGGUUUGCUGCAGCGCUUGGACAAUUGUGGCUUUGAGGUGUAUAUAGGCAUAUGUUGCCUUCAUAAAUAAUCUUAUUGCAUAGAACACC